UAUUAUUUGAUCUAUGGGUCCCCUUUGGUAGUGGUGGUGAUUGGUGACCUUAGUCGGUUUAUAAAUAAACAUUUUACUUAAUUCAUUGAUUUAAUAUGUGCAUUAUUUAUCGCUGUUGUGAGAAAAGAUGGGUGAAAUAUCGCAAUAUUAUUGGAGUGUAAUUUUGUGAGCAAUGAAGUAGUUUACAGUGUUAUCAACGUCGAUGUUGUUGGCGUAGUCGUCUUGUUUUUUGCGACCGAGUUUACAAAAUAAACGAUGGCAACGGAUACAGUUAAGGUGUUGGUGGUGAUUGAUCCAAUACCGAACAUAAUCUCGUGCACCAGUACGUUCACAGCGGAGGAGUUGUGUAUAGUUUUGUGUAAAAAAUAUAAAAUACCACCAUUGACGCGUACGCUGUUCGCAUUGAGGAUCAAAGGCACGGACUGCUUCCUCAAAGAUAACAGCAAAGUUCUUUCGAGUUCACGAGAUUACGAACUGAGAAUACGGUUCAAGGUACCUCGGCUCGGACUUUUAAUAACAUUGGAUGAAACAACUUAUGAUUAUUAUUUUCAACAAGCACGGAAUGAUGUCAAUGAAAACAAAAUACCGGAGAUUAAAUAUCCAGAACAUAAGAAGGAACUCCUCGGUCUUGGCAUUGCAGAUAUGACCAGAGCAAUAUCAGAAGAUAAGUUGCAAAUGAUCGAGGUGGUUAGAAACUAUAAAAAAUAUAUCCCAAAGGUCAUACUGAAACGUCAUGGGCCUGUUCCAAAGAAACAUGCUCACGACUGUUUGCCCCAACUGUGCUCUGUGGGGCACAAUGUCAAUUACAUAAAAAACUUGUACCUGCAACAAUUAUACGGCUUAGCGCCUAACUACUUGGCCGAGGAGUUCGACAACAUUCUGUGGCAGAACGGCAGUGACGUGGUACCCGUGAGGGUAGUCGUGGCGCCCUUCCACCCGCACCAGCCAGGGAUAAGGCUUUACAACACUGUAAACAGAGAGUGGUUUCACGUAUGUGCAAUAGAGGAGCUAAUAUAUCUGACGAGGAAUACAGACAACUGUUUGGAAGUAUCGAGGCGAGGCACACCACUAUUUUUCACAUUCAAGUCGGAGGAGCAGCUGUCUUCAUUUAUAUCUUUGUGCGAUGGAUAUUACAGGUUAAUGGUGAAAUGGACGUUUAAUCUAUCCAAAGAUGAUGAAUCGCCGUCACUGAAGGAAUUGCAGAGGAUAAAAUGCCACGGACCUGUGGGUGGUGCGUUUUCCUAUCGAAAGUUGGAAGAAAAACGCAGCAAAAAGCAUGGCUGUUACAUUCUAAGGCAGUGUCAAGAUGACUACAAUGUGUAUUAUUUAGACGUUUGCACCAGAAAUAGUACAACAGAAACAUAUAAACUGGAGUUCAAAGGCCACUGUUACAUAUUCAACAAUGAGGAAUAUUUUAGUAUUGACAGACUAGUUGGCUGCCAUCAGAAUCCUGAGGGUAGAAUAUUCCUAAACGAAUGCAUUCCGCCUUCCGAAUAUGAUAAAUCACAACUUUUACUAUGUGGUGAGCCGGUCAAGAAAGGUGUUCGUAUCGAUCAGGCAGAGCUACAAGAGAUAUUGAAAGACAACAAAAGUCCUAGAUGCCUACCGAAUAAGAAUAUUCUACUAUAUACAGGCUCCGAAAAGGUCGGUUCUGAGAACAUAACAGCGACGUACAAGGCGCUGUGGAGGCUUGAUGAGACUAAGAAGUUGCUAGUCGCAUUUAAGACUCUUCAGAGGGACCGAGCCGCCGACUACUUGAAAGAUUUUAUCGAGUUGGCGAGCAAGUGGGCGUGCGUUCAGUCGAGCUCCAUAGUGAGGUUGUACGGAGUGACGCUCAGUUCACCCACCGCUAUGGUGUUGGAGUUCCUGCCGUAUGGACCCUUCGAUGUUUACCUCAGGGAGAACGAAGAAAUCGUGAAACCGAUACACUUAAAGAAAGUAGCGGCAAAUUUAGCGAGAGCGCUGUGGGAUCUCUCCGAGGCCGGCAUAGUCCACGGCAGCAUUCGCUGCAGGAGGCUGCUGCUGUCCGCGCACCAGGCCGACCGGAUCACUGUCAAGUUGUCGGGACCCACCCUGAGACAGUAUACACCGUUAGAUGUCCAUUGGAUGCCAGUGGAGUUCUUCGCGGACAUGAGUCUAGCGAGGAGGUCGGUGGUCGGUGACAUCUGGGCCUUCGCCACCACGCUGUGGGAAGUGUUCUCCUAUGGACACUCGCCCUGCAACACUAAUCCCGUGCUGACUGCUAGGAGCUAUGAAAUGGGCGAUCGUCUGCUGCGGCCGGCGCGCUGUCCGAGCGAGGUGUGGGCGCUCAUGCGGCAGUGCUGGCAGAGCGACCCGCUGCGGCCGCAAGAGAUCAUGCGAGACAUGAACCACAUGCUGCACAGAGAAUAUAUGCCAUUACACGAAUAUGAGGAACCAAAGAUAUCUUUAGACCAUAUGGAACAUGCAGAAACAGUUUCAAGCGAUAGGUUUAUCCCGAGCGAAAGCGAUGCGGGCAGCAACAAGUCGCUUAUUUCUAUGGACAGCAGUGCAGCUUCUAUGAACGGCACGAUGUCAGAUCAAUAUGAUAAUCCGUUCGCGGACAACAAAAGCUCCAACUCGUUAGAGAACAUGAACGCACUGACGUACGCGCUACGCAACGAGAUGCUCGCCCGCCGCAGCAGCAGCAGCGCGGGCGGCGCGGGCGGCGCCGACACGCCCGACGACUGCGCGCUGGCGGCGCCGCGCCUCAUGGAGUCCAUCGUGUCGCAGGGCAAGACCUACCUCGUCACCAUCACCAAGAAGAUCGGCAGCGGUAAUUACGGACAUGUCUUCAAGGGCUGGAUGGAGCGUGACAACCAGGAAUCUCAAAGAAAAGAAGUAGCUAUUAAGAAGUUGACGCGACAGGAGUCAGAACGAAAUGGUAGUUUAUACGAGGAUUUCAAAAACGAACUCGAAAUUAUGAAGUCGCUACAACACAUAAACAUAGUGGAGAUCCUUGGCUAUUCGUGGGACCACGGGUCGGACGUGCUCAUAGUGAUGGAGUAUUUGGAGGAAGGCUCUCUCAACUACUACCUCAAGUUCCAGGGCGACAAACUACGAAUAUCCCAUUUGAUUAAGUACGCCAAAGACAUAGCUACGGGUAUGGACCAUGUGUCAGCCAAAAACGUAGUGCAUCGUGACUUGGCGACGAGGAAUAUCCUGGUGGUGAACAAGUAUCACGUGAAAAUAUCCGACUUCGGCCUCGCGAGGAUCAUACCGAAGGAGGAGAGCGCGUACCGCAUCAAGACUGAGAGGUUGCUGCCCAUCAAUUGGUACGCGCCCGAGUCAGCGGUGAAGCCGUACCACUUCUCGACAAUGAGCGACGUGUGGUCGUUCGGCGUGACGGCGUGGGAGAUAUUCACGCGCGCGCGGCACGAGGUGCCCAAAUUCGACGUGGAGCGGCCGCGGGAGCGCGCGUCCUGUUUCCAGAUACCAGAAGGAUGUCCUUCGGAAAUUUUCAGACACCUGAUGAAAGACUGUUGGGCGCUCGACCCGAACAUUAGACCGAAGUUUAUAGACCUCGUGCACAUUUGCAAGAGAUUCAUGGACGAAUACAAGUGAACCAUUUUGCUCUGUAUUGCAUUGCAAUAAGACUGGAUUUCCUUUGACAUAGCUGCUACUGAGACGAAUGAGAUUCACAUCUCGCUGAUACAAAUGCCAUUGAUCUUGAGUUAUUUUUUAGAUAUAAGUUUAUUGAUGGGUGAUAAUAAUUUUUUCUAUAUUUUUAACGAAACGGACAAUAUUUUUGUCAAUUAAUGAAUUUUAUUGAACUGUUUUUACAACGAAUUUGCAUAAAAAAAUCUAGCUUCAGUACAACGGUCUUGUAAGAAGCGGCUGAUGCUUUAUAUUAAAAUUCGCAUCGCGUUGUCACCUGUAAAUAGUAAUUGUAAGAGUAUUUUGAAAGAUAUUAAGGUAGGAACAUAUUGUCAAAAUAUCAAAGCACACGGCACUGUAUGAUUCAAACCAAAUUAACCGACAAAUAAAGACGCCAUAAUAAUUCAUUUAAAAGAGAUGUAGAUAAAUAUGUUGCCUGGGCCUCUAACCAUGUUACAUUUCGAUUCGAUUUCUAAAAUCGCUUCGACAGUUAUAAAAAAGCAACAAUUUUUUGUUUUUGAAGCGUUAGCACCUUAACAUUCAUGAAUUGAUGUAAAAUGGCUAGAUGCCAUGUUGACUUGACGCUACACUUCUGUCAUUUGUCGUGGCGUGACUUUGCUUGUGGAUUAAACCGUUCACAGGCGUGUCAGUCAAUUAUAUAUUAUAUAAAUGUUAGAUUAAAAAAAAUAAACUAUUAAAAUAAUGAAAAAAAUACAAUAUUGUGUUAUGUAAACGUUGGUAUUUAUUUUACAUAUAAUACAUAAUAUAAUUAUUUUUAUAUAUUUUUUACAUGCCAGGAUCGCGUUACUUACAAUAUGCAUUUCGCUCUGCGUGUUUGGCGAGAGCUAUUCGCACCGUCAUUUUAACGCCAAGCGUAAUGUUAUGUAAUUGAAAUAUUCACAAUUUUAGCGUCAUUUUUUUUCAGUUGGCAACACUACAAAAAACGUAGUUUACAUUCAGAACAUUUUGAUAUCUUUCGUUGAGCGACCGCACUUGAUAUAACGCCAUAUUUAUGGCAUGGGACAUGUGCAUCACGCCAUCAAAAAAACCGUGUUUUGAUUCAUUUAAAUAAUAUCCUCCUGAUCGUAUUUUGGGUACCGUAUCAAUAUAUAGGCAUAACUGAGUCCUCAUUUGCAUGGUGUAGGUGUGGGGUUAUUAUCUUUCUACAAACGCUAACGCUUCGAAACCUAAAAAAUAUAUGGAUAUGACAUCUUCACAAAAACGUCAAAUUUAUGGGGAUGGCUAUUUAUGGAAUACUUUGUUUUUUAUACAAUUAAAUUUAAAAAAAAAAUAUCCGAUUGAUAGGUUGAUCACGUGAUCUAUUCAUAAUGAAUGUCAUCCCCAUAUAUUUUUACCUGACUAUUUAGUUUUCGAAGCGUUAGCUUUUGUAGAAAUAGAGAUGAUACGUAACUUGGCUACAUGCCCUGGUUAGUAGUGUUUUUACGUGUUUUGUCGUUCCUUCACGCAUUUGCCUUAUUAGUUCGCGUUACAUAUUUGUAAAUAUAUGAUUUUUUUUAAUAACAUAAGUGCAAUCGGACGAGACAACAGAACAUGUGGUUUUGUAGAUGUAAUAAUACCUCCAUGCAUAAAUAGAUCACAUACAAUUUAUUUGUAAGGAAUUAUUUCAUAGUCAGUUUUUGAUUAUCGAAAAAUAUUAUGUAUAUACUGUGCAGUUAAAAGUAUGGUGUUAAAAAUUGUUAUUCCCGAUUAUAAAUCAAUUGAUUGUUUUUUUAUAAUGCAUAAAACCGGUUAAAGCGGAAAAAGAAAAAAAGCAUCAAAUCCAAAGAUUGGGUUACAAACAUCCAAUCUUUUGCAUUUAUAAUAAAAUCUGAUUUUUUUAAUCCGUGGAUUAUUUCGGAAAAAAGUAACCUAUUUUCUGAUCUGAUCUGAAAGUUUCUGAGUUCUGAAAAAAACUGAGUUUCAAAGUUUACUUUAUCUCAAUACUAAAUUUCAUACAAAUUGGUACAGUGGUUUAGCCGUGAAAAGGUAACAGAUAGACUUACUUUUGCAUUUAUAAUAUUAAUAUAGAUGUAUACAAAAUAUCAGAUGCUUGAUAUACAAUAAACAAUAUAACUUUCGGGUUUAACAUAGUUUUUGUGUAAAUCACAAUAUUUCAUUAUCCUCCGUAUACACACAACUCUCAAAAUUUGCACUUUUAAAAGUGUACCUACAUCUUAUUGAGGAGGAAGCAAUUUAUAAUAUCAUUCUUUUUAUGCAUAAAUAAUAAAUUUUGUUUUUACUUUUUAUAUUAAAUAUACUUGCCUUGUAGGAUUGUUAUAUAAUUGGUGCUUAUUUAGUUGUACGUUUACAUCUCAACUUGACUAAAAUUGUCAGAAAAAUAACGUCAACUUGACAAUUUAGCACAGUUUAGGUGUCAUUGCAACUAAAUUCACUCAUUUGACUGUGUUGACGUCAAUUUUAGUGUAUAGUUAUUUUUAUUUCGAGAUAUACAAAUUUAAGGAGUUUUGUUCGAUAUCAUUCUUAAAGUUAUAUAUGGUUUUAUUAUUAAUAACUUCUUUGUUGGACUAAUGUCAAUAAUACUACUCCUAAGUCUUUUCGCUUAGUUAGAGGAAAAUUGACUAGCUAUGUUUAGAAGGCAUGGCUAAUAUUCGUGUUUUUUAAUAAUAAACGAUCGACACAAGUGAUAGGUUAAACUAAUCUGAGUUGAACUAUUUAUCUACAUAUUUGAUAUCGCACGCCGCUAGCCAGAGUAGCGCUGUAACGCGGUACCUUACCAAGCGGUUUGCCCUCUCUUAUGAAGUUGUCACUUCAAAAACAAUUGACACAUGAAGGUCACUUUUGGGGGGCAAGAUGGAAAAUACAAAAAAAAAAUUCAAAUUGCAUCAUGCGACACAUCAAAUGAAAGGUCUUGUUAUGAGGAUUUUAAAAAUAUUUUGAAAUAAAAUAUAAAUAGACUAGCGGAUGCCCGCGACUUCGUCCGCGUGAAACUCGAUGUAAACUUUCAACUACCGCUACCCUACCCCUACCCUACCCCUACCCCUACCCUACCCUACCCCUACCCUACUCCUACCCUACCCUACCCCUACCCUACCCUACCCCUACCCCGUUUUCUAAUUGUAAGUCAUCAAAAAAUAAAAAAAAUUUUACCAAAAAAAAUUAUAGUUUUUAAUUAACAAAUAAAAUAUAAGGGUUGAUCGUAGAGGGGUGAAAAUUUAGGGUUGUAUGUAUUUUUGUAUGCUGUGUCAUAAAAAAAUAAAAACAAAAAAUUUUGCCUAAAAAAUAAAAAAAAAAUUUAGGGGUGGACUACCCUUAACAUUUAGGGGGAUGAAAAAUAGAUGUGGCCGAUUCUCCACCCUGGCCGACAAUCACGCUAAGGAUCACGAAAAUCGGUCGAGCCGUUUCGGAGGAGUUCAAGUUCGAACACCGCGACACGAGAAUUUUAUAUAUUAGAUUAAAAAUUUUGAAAAAAAUACAGAAGUUAGCUUUCUACUUAAAGAUUUCCCGAAAACCUCAGAAAUAUGAAAUUUUUGAAUAUGAAAGUUACUUCUGGGGGGCAAGAUGGAAUAUUUAAAAAAAAAACUUUUUUAAACUGCAUCGUGUGACACAUCCAACAAACGAGCUUGGUAAGAGGAUUGUAAAUAUAUAUCUUUUUGUAAUUUUGAAAUGAUUUAUUUCAAAAUUUUCAAGAUAUUCAACUACCAAACCUAAAAUUUUUCAAUUAAUUCGAAACAAAAAACAGUGUAUAUAUUUUUUACUUAAUUUCAAAUACAUUGAAACACUCGUAAUAUAAAAUACAUUAAUAAUAUGUUCACGUGACAUUUGAUAACUUUAAGAAUGGUAACGGACAUUAUUUUCGAUUUUACCAAAGAUGAUAUUAAAUUAUCUUUUAAUAUUGUUAUUAUGGAAAUACAAUUUUAUUAUAUAGGUAACUAAUUUUAAUAUUAUUAUAUUAUAUGAUAAGUUUUUAUGUUUAAAUUAAGGUUGCAAUUUGUUGUUAGUUAAACAACAAUUAGUUAUAGGAAUGUUAGAUGAUUUUGGAUAUUUUUAAACGGGUCUCCUGAUGUGUCUAUGUUAGACCAAAGAUUUAUACUAUUAGAUGUCACUAAAGCGUCGGAAUUGAGGCAAAGAUGGCUAACUGUCUUAAUUUCAUUUAGUCGCGUAGUAAACAACGAAAGUUACUCAAACAAAUAAUACCUAAAUAUUGUGUACAAUGUCGAAUUGUGUGAUUAGGAAGUGUUAAAACAAUAUAUACAUAAAUAUAUAAUUUAAGUAAACACAAAAUUGUGUGUUUACUUAAAUUAAUAUUUAGACUAUACUCGUAGUCACAUUCACACCAAUAACAUCUAUAAUAUCAGAUAUUAUUAAAAAAUAGAAAAAUCCUUGGAAAGUCCGUCCAUACUGAAUUAACGUUAUACGAAAUGAAAAAAAUAAAAAAGACAACAUAGACAUAUUGGUAGACCCGAGCAAAUUGUGUAUAAUUUGGCAAAAUGUUGAAGCUAUAUAUAAUGUAAUAUUGUUUUUUAUACGUAAAAGUUAAAUAUUUGGAUUUAGAAGAAAAAUGAACAAUGUCUGUAUUGUGAUGUUAAAGAGAGACUGACAUUUGAUUAAUCGGUGCUAAAAAAAUGUUUGCCUUUUAUUUGACGUAAGCUCAAUCGGUCUUUCAUACAAGACUUCACCUUGCAAACGAAACACUAAUGUUACAGUAAAAUGGAACUAAUCCUUCAUAUUUUAAAGUUCACUUUUGCUUCUACAGGAAUUGGCCGAGAACAUAAAAGUUAGAACUCUAAAACUGAGUGUUUUAGGUCCAAAUUACUUUGUCGUUGGUGAUUCGUUUGAGACUUGAACUUCCGUAGUAUUGGCACAGAUUUCGUAUCUUUAUUGUGAUUGUAAUCUUUUGAUAAUUGGCUUCUCGCUCAGUUGCUAAUUGCUCUAAUUCAUCUUAAAUUCAACAAAAAUUAAGAAAGUCUGAUGAUGUUAAGAGUCAGUGUAGUCAAAUCUAUAAAAUCUAGCGAAGAUUACCUAAUUUUCCAACACACUUCUAUAACGCAUGGUAUUUAUUUAUUGGGUUGGUGACGCAGUUCAUAAUAAUAAAAAAUCCAAUUCACGAUAAGAUUACUUUCAGGACCUCUAAAAUUUAAGUUGAAAUUAAUACCACAGACCAUAGUAAAUAAAUACUGUGGUAAUAAUAUUAUGGAUGUAAAGUUACAAUAAAUAACGAGUAAUUAUAAUUUAUUAAGAGGCCAAAGUACUCUUUCUAUCGUUUAGCGUUGACUCUUACCAUAGAUUAGAAAUUACAGUAUAUCUUGCUGUUUGCAUCACUUUAAACUGUUUUUGAUGUAUGAAAAAAUACUUAAGAAAUUAUGUAUCAUGAAAAGGAAAUAUUUUGGGAAGGUGGCACUUCAAUGCCCCGGUUACGUUCAUGUUUCACAUCAUAUAAUAUCCAACAACUAUUCAGACGCUAACUGGGAUCGCUAUUAUAAUGAAAAAAAAAAUUAUAGAAAAUAUGCUACAAGUACCUAUUCUUUUAGACCAGAAGUGUAUAUUCUAGCCACAUUGGCUAGGAUAUAUAAUUCUGUUCUUUAUCACGGCGGAUCACGCAAUUUGUUAAACGCAAGCUGGGUAUGAAUUUUUUUAACCUUGUUUUUAUGUUAAAAACUUGUUCUCUUUAUUUUGCCAUCACUGUCUUUGACCUCUUAUAAUAAAAGGACGCACAAUCAUGUAGAAAAUUUCAAUUAAAAACUGGCCAAUUUUGCUUUGAUAGUAUCAGAAUUAUUGGUAAAGAAAAUUAUUCCUAAAGGCCUUUAAAUAUAGUCCGUUGUUCAAUAAAAUCCCAAAUUCAACCUUCGGAAUUGAGUUUAAGGUUGAAUUUGCAAAUGCGACUACUUGAAUUGAGUGCCAAGAAGUUGUAUUUGGCACUUAUUGAGUGGGGACAUUUAUUGGUCGCUGAUUGUGCAUCCACUUUUUAAUAGGAGAUCGAUGAUCACUAUUUCAAAUCAAGAAGGUAAAUACUACAAUGAUUAAUUAUUAUCAAAAAAAUAUUUAGAUACAAUAUAAUUUCAAUAAAACAACUGAAGUAUAUUUUUAUGAAGUCGGUACAAAAUGUUUUAUUAUUUUUUAAAUGUACUUUUACAAGUUGUUGAAAUAUACCGCCUGGCGUUUUCUUUCUAAUGAUAUGAACUUGACCGUUCUUAUAAAUUGUCUGGAAGCUUCUAUUGACAUUGAAAAUUUAUAUGAUACGUAAUUACUAAGUAAUGUUGUUCGAAUUAUUGUUAUAUGUGUAU